CAGUAGAUUUUGAAGUUUUCAAAAUCUACUGGAAUUAUCAUGUUAAGCGCUGAAAAGGUACAGUAAAUCCAAGAACAUAAACACUGCGACUCCAGUGUUAAAGGUUUAACUGCUGUGACUCCUGUUCCAGAGCUGGACUCCCUGGACGUUCCUCCUCUCACUCCCACCAGCAAGGAGGUCCUGAGCCAGGCCAUGAUGGCCAGUUUUGCCGGCUUUGCCCAGGAGAUGGUCAGCUGUCACCUCCAGCGGGACCCCACGCUGUGGACCGAAUGGGAGGUGAACCACUGGCUGGACUGGUGCCAGGCGGAGUUCGGCCUGCAGAGCCUGGGCUCAGACCUGAGAGUCCUGCAGGGUGGUGAGCUGUGCGCUCUGAGCAGGGAGGCAUUCCUCAGCCUCACGAGUGACGGCACUGCAGGGGAGAUCCUGUGGGAGCACCUGGACACCAUGAGAAGAGAAAGAGAACAUGAGAGAAGUUCUUCACUGUCCAUCUGCAGAGUCCCAUCCUACUGUCAGAUUGAAAUCUGUGAAGAAAACUUCUCUGACUAUGUUCAGGACCCUGUAGACGACCGAGUGCAGUAUGACUCCAAGGAGAGCCCACACUUCCAGACUCUGACUGCACAGCAUGACGGCUGCUAUCUGAUGAAAGCAGGAGGGCCCGCCGGCUCUGCAGCCCCCAUGCAAGAAACACACAACCAUACAGAGGCUCUCUCAGACGUAAAGCUUCUCACCUGUGGAGGCCCUAACUUCCCCAGCUCUCUUUUGUGGGCUGCUCCGCUCCAUGAUGUGGAGCCUGUGAUGGAGGAAAGCCUGCCCGACGACACCUUCCUCCUACCACAGAAGCACAAGAGCUUCAAGGAAUAUGUGGGCAGCCAAAUUGACCUGAGCAGAGCUGUGAUCCCAGCAGCCAUUCUCGCUGGUUAUACUGGUAGCGGCCCGAUUCAGCUGUGGCAGUUCCUGCUGGAGCUUCUGACAGACCGCAGCUGCCGCUCCUGUAUCAGCUGGACGGGAGACGGCUGGGAAUUCAAACUAACGGAUCCAGACGAGGUGGCUCUGCUGUGGGGCAGGAGGAAAAACAAACCCAAGAUGAACUAUGAGAAACUCAGUCGUGGUCUUCGCUAUUACUACGACAAGAACAUCAUUCGGAAGACAGCCGGCAAACGCUACGUUUACCGCUUCGUCUGCAACCUGCAAGGCCUGCUGGGAUACGAGCCUGGGGAGCUGCACGCCAUGCUGAACAUUACAAACAAGAGUCAUUCAUGAAAGUAAAUGGGGACAAACAGACAUUUUAUAUAUAUGACUUAAGGCAAUACGAUAAUGCAAACAAGUACCGUAUGUUCUGGAGUAUAAGUCACAGUUUUUUUCCUAGUUUAUUCAGGGGUGCGACUUAUACUCAGGAGCAGCUUAUUUGUGAGUGUUUUUUUUUUUAGACAUCAAUAGGCUCACAUAUUUGUUAUUUUCCCAGUAAACAUCGGUUUUCCUUUAGCGGUUGUUUCCUCUAACAACCACUAGAGGAAGCUGUAUCUGAAUAUUUGCUAUGACAGUGCCAGAAGUGUUGUGCAAAACAAACAUGGAAAAGAAUCUGAUUGUUUUGCUCUUAAACUUUGAUAUUUUUCUCAUAGAGAUCAAAAAAUUAGUCUUAUAGUAUUUUUAUCUUAGCUACGCUUGGCAGAUUUGUUCUGAAACGUCUGACUUUUAUCCCAAAAGUGCAACUUAUACUCCAGAGCAGGGAUGUCAAACUCAAUCGCACAA